AGAAACCCAACAAAAUAACCGACCGACCGACCGACCAUAUAGCCCAGUCUUGAUCAAAUUCGAUUGAUUGGAGGCAAAGAAAUCAAUCUGCCCUAACUCUGCGUUUUCCCCCUUUGGCGAGCUUUUCUGUAUCAACCAGAAAAGUGUUGUUGUUAUACAAGGAACUGGAAGCAAUGGUAGAGGGGGUCAAACAUAAACCUAGGAAGGAGCGAGAAUCGAAAAGGAUUAGCGGUCAUCGAGAUGGCGAAAAGGAGGAGAAUGGAGAGAGGAGACAUCGGGGAAAAGAUAGAGAUUUUAAGAGAGAUGGUGAUUCUAGUCGUUCCGCGAGAGACAAGUUAGAUAGAGAUGAGAGAGAUUGUGAUUCUAGUCGUUCCACGAGAGACAAGUUUUGUGAUUCUGAGGACGAGAGGUAUGAGGUAGAGAAGCGGCAUCGAGGAGAUAGGGAGAGCGGUAGUCAUAGGAGGGCUAGAGAUAAAGAGAUGGGGAGGGAGAAAGACAAAGAGAGGGGGAAAAGAGAGAGGGUUAGAGAGAAGGAAAGGGACAGAGAUCGAAAGAGAAGGGUGCGGAGUGAUGAUGUAGAUGAAGAGGAGGAGGAGGAUGUUAGGGAGAGUGAUAGGAAGCGGCGUAGGAAAGAUGACAAGGAGAAUGCGGAGAGAGUGAGGGAAAGGAGUAACAGCAGGUCAGAUAGACAUAGGGAUGGUCGAGUUGAGAGCCCGGUAAAGAAGAGUGAUGAAGAUGAUUCAGUUAGGAAAGGGACGAAUCCGAUCUCUGAGGUGGUGGAGGAGGAUUUAGAGGAUGAGCAGAGGAAAUUAGAUGAGGAAAUGGAAAAGCGGAGGAGGAGAGUUCAGGAGUGGCAGGAGUUAAGAAGAAAGGAGAAACAAGCUGAGGGAGAGAAGCAUGUGGAAGGGGAUGUUGAUGAACACAAGUCUAAAAAGACCUGGACACUUGAGGGAGAAUCUGACGAUGAAGAAGAGACAGGUAUGGACCUUGACGGAGAAGCCUAUCUCACUGAUAAAGAGGAUGGAGCCGUCAUGGAGGUUGAUUCUGAGAAUCAAACAGCUGCACCUGCUUUGCAGGAUGAUGAAAUUGAUCCAUUAGAUGCUUUUAUGAAUUCUACGGUGCUGCCUGAAGUUGAGAAGCUGGCCAAUGCUGCAGAACAACCAGUAGUUGCUGGUGAAAAAGGUUCAAACAAUUCUUUGGGCAGAAUAAUUCCUGGGGAGUAUUCUGAUUCAGAUUAUGGGGACAUUGAGAAUGAUGAUGAUCCCUUAGAAGACGAAGACGAUGAUGAGUUCACAAAAAGGGUGACAAAGACAAAAGUCGAUAAACUUUCUCUAGUGGAUCACUCAAAGAUAGAUUAUGAACCAUUCAGGAAAAAUUUCUACAUUGAGGUGAAGGAGGUCUCAAAAAUGACCCCAGAAGAUGUGGGUGCAUACCGAAAACAAUUGGAAUUGAAGAUACAUGGUAAGGAUGUCCCAAAGCCCAUUAAGACCUGGCACCAAACUGGACUUACAAACAAAAUCUUGGAAAUGAUAAAGAAGCUUGACUAUGAAAAGCCAAUGCCAAUUCAGGCUCAGGCAGUGCCUAUAAUUAUGAGUGGACGAGACUGCAUUGGCAUUGCAAAAACUGGCUCAGGCAAAACCCUUGCAUAUGUGCUGCCAAUGCUGAGGCAUAUCAAGGACCAGCCACCUGUGGUAGCUGGAGAUGGGCCUAUUGGCCUUAUAAUGGCACCAACGAGGGAGCUUGUUCAGCAGAUUCACAGUGUUAUAAACAAGUUUGCCAAGACACUGGGUCUCAGGUGUGUGCCUGUAUAUGGAGGUUCUGGUAUUGCCCAACAGAUUGGGGAGUUGAAGCGGGGUGCUGCAAUUGUCGUCUGUACCCCCGGUAGGAUGAUUGACAUACUUUGUACAAAUGGAGGGAGGAUAACAAAUCUGCAGAGAGUAACUUACUUGGUUGUGGAUGAAGCUGAUCGAAUGUUUGACUUGGGUUUUGAACCUCAAAUCAAUCGAAUUGUUCAGAAUAUUCGGCCAGAUCAUCAGACUCUAUUGUUUUCUGCCACGUUCCCUCACCAGGUUGAAGUCUUAGCACGUAAAGUCUUAAACAAACCUGUGCAUAUACAGGUUGGUGGUAAGAGUGUUGUAAACAAGGACAUUACACAAUUUGUUGAAGUGAGGUCCGAAAAUGAAAGGUUUGUUAGAUUAUUAGAGAUACUUGGGGAAUGGUACGAGAGAGGAAAAAUUCUGGUGUUUGCCAAAGCACAUGCAACGUGUGACACUGUGCUUAGGGAUCUGCUUAGGCAUGGAUAUCCUUGUCUCUCGCUUCAUGGGAACAAAGAUCAAACAGAUCGUGAAUCCACCAUAUCUGAUUUUAAGAGCGAUGUGUGUAAUUUGUUGAUUGCAACUAGUCUUGCUUCUAGAGGGUUAGAUGUCAAAGGGGUUGAGCUGGUGAUCAACUUUGAUACUCCAGAUCACUACGAGGACUAUGUUCACCGUGUUGGUCGUACAGGCCGAGCUGGCAAGAAAGGUUGUGCUAUAACGUUCAUCUCUGAGGAAGAUGCUAAGUAUGCCCCAGAUCUUGUCAAAGCAUUGGAACUCUCUGAGCAAGCUGUUCCAGAUGACCUUAAAUCUCUUGCUGAUGGUUUCAUGGCAAAAAUAAAGCAGGGACUUGAGCAGGCCCACGGGACUGGUUACGGGGGCAGUGGUUAUAAAUUUAAUGAAGAGGAAGAUGAAGCAAGGAAAGCAGCAAAGAAAGCACAGGCCAAAGAAUAUGGUUUUGAAGAUGACAAGUCAGAUUCAGAAGAUGAAGAUGAUGGUGUCAGAAAGGCUGGGGGUGACAUUUCACAGCAGGCUGCCCUUGCUCAAAUAUCAGCUAUUGCUGCUGCCUCUAUUGGUGGUACGGCUUCAGUUCAGACCCCUGUCUCUACUGCUCAACUGCUUCCUAAUGGUGGAUUACCUGUUUCUCUUCCCAGUGUCCUUGGUGGUGCAACGUUGCCGGGAACAGCAGCCGUUUUGCCUGGGAUGGGUCUGAAUCUUGUUGGACAUGAAGGGGCAGCUCGAGCAGCAGCAAUUGCAGCUGCCAUGAAUUUGCAGCAUAACCUAGCAAAGAUUCAAGCUGAUGCAAUGCCUGAGCACUAUGAAGCAGAGUUGGAAAUAAAUGAUAUUCCCCAGAAUGCUCGAUGGAAGGUUACCCACAAGGAAACUUUGGGCCCUAUAUCAGAGUUGACUGGAGCUGCCAUUACUAUUAGGGGUCAAUAUUUCCCACCAGGCAAGGUUCCAGGGCCAGGAGAUCGCAAGCUUUACCUGUUUAUUGAGGGUCCUACUGAACAAUCUGUCAAGAGAGGUAAAUCAGAACUAAAACGCAAGUUGGAAGAAAUCAUGAAUCAGUCAUUAUCACUUCCCAGCGGCGCUCAGCAACGCAGAUAUCAAGUUAUAUAAGUGAGAACUUGAUUCCAACUUACUUUAUGCAUAAUUUUAUCUGCUUAUGCUGAACUCAACCUGACUCUCAGUUCUUUGUUUAUUGUUUUGCAAUCACCUAAUGAGUUUCUAUAUUGAAAUUUCCAAAUGUCCUAUCUAUCCUGCUAAUCUUUCAUAUCCAACUUGUAUGAGAACCUGCCCUGUUAAUCUCUAAAUGAAAUCUCAGUAAUCUAAUUACGGUUAACGAUUGUUAUUUAGAAGUCGUUUUAUUUUUACUUGGAAUAGUCUGAUACAUGUUGGAUUUUACUGUGUACAUAGUUAUGAUUUGUUGUCUUGCUUUGCACAAUUUUCAGUCCCGCUUUUGAUCUUUUUUCUUUUCUUUUGUUUGUCAUUUCCCCUGGUGCGAGGGACAUUAUGUGCUUAUGCUCGCAUGUUCAAUAUUGUCUCUGCCCUUAUGAAGCUGUCCAAAAGAUGCGAACGUGGUGCGAUUCUUCAGUUUGAAGGGAUGUUUUGUUUGGGAGUUGCUGGAGCCGAUCAGCUGCCCUAUAAAAUGGAUUUGCUUUUGCGGUGCUAUAACUGGUUACUGAGUUCUUUCAGAGAUAACUAAACCUGUGCACUUUGCUGUAGUUUUGCCACUUUUGGACUGCACUUUUUGAUUGUUAUGGUCGUUUUAUUUGUUGCAAAUGCCUUUUAUGAUCUGAAUUUCAAAUCGCAGGCUAUGCCUUUGCUUUCUAGUAAAGAUUUUCAAUUUUGGUUUGUGUUUACGUUCUCUUGAUUUUCAUUAGCAGGUUUAAUUUGUCGUCUUUCUUGUGGAGGUGAUCUUAUAAGGAGCACGGUAGUUGACCAACACAUUGAUGAUAUACUGAUGUCCUUUUUGUUCUUUUCAGCUUGAACUACCAAAGUACCAAUGGAUCAUAAGCCAGUGGAAAUGUCAUGCCAAAGUGGCCGCAGAAGAUAUCACUGGACUGAAACUUGAAUUUCCAUGGCAGCAAUCUGUUUACCGGCAUUCUGAGGAGUGUUCUUUUAUACUAUUUUUGGCAUGUAAGAUAUCUUCACAAUUUUUUGCAGAAACCCGAAAACUACUCAAAAGUGAAAAGUUCAAUGUAAAAUUCAUAAAUAUGAAUGUUUUAAGAAACAGUGUUCUUGUUCA